UGAAGUACCAGCUCAAACAACAGAAGUACCAGAUAAAACAAUAGAAGUACCAGAUGAAACAACAGAAGUACCAGAUGAAACGACAGAAGGAUCAGCUGAAACAAUUAAAGUACUAGCUGAAACAACAGAAGUACCAGCUGAAAUAACUGAAGGAUCAGCUCAAACAACUGAAGUACCAGCUCAAACAACAGAAGUACCAGAUAAAACAAUAGAAGUACCAGAUGAAACAACAGAAGUACCAGACCGAAACGACAGAAGGAUCAGCUGAAACAAUUAAAGUACUAGCUGAAACAACAGAAGUACCAGCUGAAACAACAGAAGUACCAACAGAAAAGACAGAAAUACCAGCUGAAACAUCUGAAGGAUCAGCUGAUACAACAGAAGUACCAACCGAAACGACAGAAAUACCAACUGAAACAACAGAAGUACCAACCGAAACGAUAGAAAUACCAGCUGAAACAACUAAAGUACUAGCUGAAACAACAGAAGUGUCAACAAAAAUAUCAGAAUCAGAUCUUUAUGCGAUUUCAGGAUCCGGUUUAGAAACUGUAACGUCAGCUUCAACCUUCAAGGAAGUUACUUCUUCAACACAUGCUAUUUCAGAAGCAUCACUUUUGUUACUAUCUGGUUCUGGAGCAGAAACAACAGAACUACCAGCUGAAAUAACGGAAGUAUUAGUUGAAACAACAAAAUUACCAGCUGAAACAACUGAAGUACCAGAUGAAAUAACGGAAGUAUUAGUUGAAACAACAAAAUUACCAGCUGAAACAACUGAAGUACCAGAUGAAACAACUAAAGUACUAGCUGAAAUAACAGAAGUUCUUGUUGCGAGUGUCACAACUGUUUUAUCCACAUUAGAUGUGAAGUUAUCUGAUCUGGUAAUUCUUCUAAAUCAAACUAUGGCUCAAGAAGAUGAAAGUACAACAGAAGUUCCUUCUCCUGUUUCCACUGCCACACAAACAACAAAGGGACUAACAUCUUUAGCACAAGAAACAACUGGUUUUACAUCAACAGUUGCUGUUUCAAAAGACUCAUCAGACAUUUUUGGAAUUUCAGGAUCUGGUUUAGAGACUGCAACGCCAGCUUCCACCUCCAAGGAAGUUACUUCUUCAACAUAUGCUACUUCAGAAGCAACACGUUUGUUACUAUCUGGAUCUGGAGCAGAAACAACAGAAGCACCUGCUGAAACAACAAAAGUUCUGGCUGAAACAACAGAAGUACCGGCUAAAACCACAAAAGUACCAGCUGAAACAACAGAAAUACUAGAUGAAACAACAGAAGUACCAGCUGAAACAACAAAAGUACCAGCUGAAACAACUAAAUUACCAGCAGAAACAACUAAAGUACGAGCUGAAACAACAAAAGUACCAGCUGAAACAACUGAAGUACUAGCUCAAACAACAAAAGUACCAGCUGAAACAACAGAAGUUCUUGUUGCAAGUGCCACAACUGCUUUACCCACAUUAGAUGUGAAGUUAUCUGAUCUGGUAAUUCUUUUAAAUCAAACUAUGGAUCGAGAAGAUGAAAGUUCAACGGAAGUUCUUUCUCCUGUUUCCACUGCCACACAAACGACAAAGACGUUACCGACUUUAGCACCAGAAACAACUGGUUUUACAUCAACAGUUGCUGUCUCAGCAGAAUCAUCAGACCAUUUUGGAAUUUCGGGUUCUGGACCAGACACUUUAGAAGGCAGCUCCGGUGGCUUAGUAUCAACCACUUUAAUUAUGGCACCAGAAACAACAGAAGUACCAGCUGAAACAACUGAAACACCAGUUGAAACAACAGAAGUAAGAAUCAAAACAACAGAAACAACAGCUGAAACAACAGGUGUACCAGCUGAAACAACAGAAGUGUCAGCUGAAACAACAGAGUUAUCAGACCUUUAUGUAACUGUAAGUUCAGCUUCAACCUCCAAGGAAGUUACUUCUUCAACAUAUGCUACUUUAGAAGCAACACGUUUGUUACUACCAGGAUCUGGAGAAGAAUCAGCAGAAGUACCACCUGAAACAACUGAUGUACCAGCUGAAACAAAAGAAGCACCAGCUGUAACAACAGAACUACCAGCUGAAACAACAGAAGCACCAGCUGAAACAACAGAAGCACCAACUGAAACAACAGAAGUACCAGCAAAAACAACAGAAGUUCCAACUGAAACUACAGAAGUACCAACUGAAACUACGGAAGUACCAGCUGAAACAACAGAAGUACCAACUGAAACAACAGAAGUACCAGCUGAAACAACAGAAGCACCAACUGAAACAACAGAAGCACCUAUUGAAACAACUUUCACAUUUGCAACUACAAAACUACCAGAUUUUGGUGGAAUAUGUUUUUCCAAUCCUUGUCACAACGGUGGGAGUUGUGUUGAACAUGGUUUAGAUGAUUUCUAUUGUAUUUGUCCUCAUGGAUUGCAUGGAGAAUUUUGUGAUGAAGAUGAUGAUGAAUGUUUCUAUGGAUCUGAUAGUUGCGAUCAUUCGUGUGGAAACACAUUCGGUUCAUAUGAAUGUUCAUGUUUCUCUGGUUAUGCACUGAGCUCAGAUAGAAGAACUUGUUUAGAUAUUGAUGAAUGCCAAUAUGAAGAAACGCAUCAGUGCCAACACCAAUGUAAUAACACCAUAGGCAGCUAUCAAUGCUCAUGUUAUAAUGGCUACACGUUGUUACCUGAUGGUAUUACAUGCAAAGACAUUGAUUAUUGCCAAUCAAGACCUUGUCAAAAUAAUGCACCCUGUUUGUCGCUUAAGGGAAGAUACUUAUGUAUUUGUCCAAGAGGUUACACAGGCUACCAGUGUGAAGUGGACCUGAGCACACCGUGUAGUAGAGGUUGGCGAAAGUUUGAAGGUUUCUGUUACCAGUACCAAAGAAAUGUUCGACUUAAAUGGAGGAGAGCUCAAUGGUAUUGUAAGAAGAAACACAACGCAACGCUGCCAAGUAUUCAUUCAAGAAGAGAGAACUUUUUUGUCCGAAGCCUUUCGUCCAAAUACUUGUGGAUUGGAUUGAAUGAUAUUCGAAAGGAAAGCAGGUUUAGGUGGCCGGAUCAAACACCCGUGGAUUUCUUACGAUGGCAACGAAACCAACCUCAGUCAUACCUUGCGCGGAACGAGGAUUGUGUGGUGAUGUUACGUCGCAAAGGGGUUUGGAACGACGUGUCUUGUAGAUACCGGUUACCAUUUGCUUGCAAAAAAGCACCAGUUGGCUGCAGGGAUAUCCCCCAAGUUGAUAACGCAACCCCUGUGACAACUCGCAUUAACUUUGGGGUUGGGGAAAUAUUACAAUACACUUGUAAUGCUGGCUUCACAUCAAGCGGUCCAACAGACGUAGUUUGUACCAAGAGGGGAGUGUUUUCAAGACCUGGGCUUUCUUGUGUGGGAGCGUGCAUGCCACCUCCAGUUAUUCCGAAUGCUGAAAUACCAAAUGCAGAGGAAGCUUAUUUGCUCGGUGAUGUAGCAAAGUACGCUUGCAACCCCGGGUUCAGAGGUUCUGGUCACUCAUAUAUUAAAUGUAGAUCAGAUUUAACUUGGUCACCAACCAACUUCAGAUGUAACAGUGAAUGUUCAAUCCCUCCUGUUAUCCCGAACGCGCGACCUGUAACUUACAAAAGGAAAACUUCAUAUAAGUUUGGGAAUGUUGUCAAAUACUCGUGUAACAGAGGGUACAGGUCAAGUUCAACUAAGAAUAAAGUUACUUGCCUAAGGGAUGGAACUUGGGGGACACCAACGUUUGUGUGUCAUGAUGGUUGUGGAGUCGUACCAAGAGUUGCCAAUGCUCGUCCCAGGCCACAAGGUUCCAAGAUUGUGUUGUAUGUUUGUGACAGUGGUUAUUAUCCAACAGGGUGGGCGUUCAUAUCAUGUCGAAACGGACAGUGGGGCAGCCCUAAACUACAGUGCUUGUAAAUAAAAUUUGCACGCAGAAGUUUAAAGUUGUUUUAUUGAAACUAACACUGAAGAAAAAUAGAGAACGGCAUGAAACAGGAAAAUUCAACAAAAUCUAAUAAUUUUUCAGCUUCCUUCUUUUACGUAGUGGCAUCAUAUCAUUAAC